AUGGUGGGCGGCAAGGGUAGCGCGGUCGCUUCUCUGACGCUGGUGGCGCUCCUGUGCGCGAUGUCCGGUGGCUGCGUGGAGAGCCGCCGUGUGGCGACGACGGGCCUCACCAUCGGCUUGGGUAGCGGCCAGGGAAUUGGGAUCGGGCUCGAUCCGGGCACAGGAGGCGCCGUGCCUGCCUCUGCUUCUGGUUCUGUCUCUACCUCUACCUCCGUGGCUAGGCCAGGGUCUACCUCUGGAUCAAGAUCCAGGUCGGUCUCUAUCGGAGGAGCUAGCUCUUCUACUAGGUCGAGUGCUGGAUCAUACGCUAGGUCAGGUGGAUCAGGGGGCAGUGGGUUGGGUUCGGGGUCUAUGUAUGGUGAAGGUGGAGGAUAUGGGCGUGGGUCGAGCGAUGCGUCUGGCAUAGGGUUUGAAGAGGGGUAUGGUUAUGGAUCCGGUUCUGUUAGAUACCCUUGA